AUGGGUCACCAGCAACACUACUGGAGCCAUCGGAGGAAAUUCGGCCACGGUUCUCAUUCUUGCCGCGUCUGCUCAAACCGCCACGGUCUGAUCCAGAAGUAUGGCCUCAACAUGUGCCGCCAGUGUUUCCGGCAGUACGCGAAGGACAUAGGCUUCAUUAAGUUGGACUAAGAGAACUUCCAUGAAUGGGUCGUUCAAGACAUCUACCUUAUGACAGAAUGCUAUCACUUUGUACAUAAAAUAAAAAAUAAAACCUUCAAAAAAAAAAAAAAAAA